AUGCCGGCAAGACGAAGCGUCGAUAAAAGCCCCGCCUCUCCGGCGGCGGCAACUCAAACGGCUUCUGCCCCACCAAGCUCCCGGAGAGCUCCCCGUCUGCUUUGCCUGGUCGGCCUGAUUCUGUCCUGUUUGGUCGUUUACGGAUUAUUUACGCCCCAAGAAGUUUUCUACGAUGGCGGGAAGUGGUUUCCCGGCAGCUUCAACACCGCGGACAUCGAUGCGGAGAAUGACCUGUAUCUUCUCGGCGCCGGCCGCGCUGACAUUACCGGUCCGGUUGUGGAGAUCAACAUGAUGGGUUACGCGGAUCCCAAACAGGUCGGUUCUGGACUUCGACAGAGGUUGUAUGCCCGUGCUUUCAUCGUCGGAAGCGUUGACAGACCUGACGAUCGAUUCGUCUACGUUAUCCUGGACACCCAGUCUGGAGACACCGCAGUGCGUUACGGCGUCUUACGUGGAAUCGCGGACCUAGGCUACGAGUACUCCAUGUAUGGACACCAUAACCUGGCUCUCACCGGCACACAUUCCCACUCUGGGCCGGGUGCCUGGCUCAACUAUCUUCUACCGCAGAUCACCAGCAAGGGAUUCAACAAGCAGAGUUAUCGGGCUAUCGUUGACGGCACGCUGCUGGCAAUUCGGCGUGCGCACGAGAGCUUGGAGCCGGGUCACCUAAGCGUUGGAACUACAAAAGUCAAGGGCGCCAACAUCAACCGGAGUUUGUAUGCGUACAUGGCAAACCCCGAGGAGGAACGCUCUAGGUACAACAUCAGUGCCGAAGAAGACGGGUCCGUCGAAAAAGAUUUGACUCUGCUGAAGUUCCAGCGAGCUUCUGAUGGCAAGAGUAUGGCUGUUUUGACUUGGUUCCCAACCCACGGCACCUCCAUGCUUGGCAACAAUACUCUCAUCUCGGGCGACAACAAAGGCGUCGCGGCCUGGCUUUUCGAGAAGAGUGUCCGAGGGCAGGAUCACGUCACCCGGAACUUCAUUGCGGGCUUUUCGCAGGCCAACAUGGGAGAUGUCAGCCCCAAUGUCCUCGGCGCUUGGUGCGAAGAUGGCAGUGGCUCGCAGUGCGACUUCAAGACGAGCACCUGCGGCGACGGCAAGAGUCAGAAGUGUCACGCGAGAGGCCCCUUCUUCCGAAAGAAGGAUAAUGGAGCGUCAUCAUGCUACGAAAUUGGCAGAAGACAGUUUGAUGCUGCCAGGAAGCUCCACGAUCAAAUGGGUGACAAUGCCCAGCGAGUGCGCGGAUCGUGGGUCAAAUCCUUCCACACCUUCCACAACAUGUCAGAGUUCGAGUUCGAACUUCCCAACGGGACUGAGGUUCGAACUUGUCCUGCGGCAUUGGGAUACUCAUUUGCGGCGGGUACCUCUGACGGACCUGGGGCUUUCGACUUUACUCAACACGACUCGAACUCUUCGAACACAUCGCCUUUGUGGAAAGUAGUCUCCGGGCUACUGAAGGCACCAACUCAGGAUCAGCUUGCAUGUCACGCCCCUAAGCCCAUUCUGCUAGACGUGGGCGAAGUUUUCAACCCGUAUCAGUGGACCCCCAACAUUGUCGACAUCCAAGCUUUCCGAGUCGGUCAGCUGGUUAUUAUUGUCAGCCCUGGCGAAGCGUCGACCAUGGCCGGACGUCGAUGGAAAGAUGCCGUCAGGGAUGAGGCCGAGUCUUUGUUCGGAGGAGAGACUGAAGUGAAACCUAUCGUGGUCAUUGGCGGGCCGGCGAACAGUUAUACACACUACAUCACGACCCAGCAGGAAUAUGCGAUCCAACGAUACGAAGGCGCGUCAACGCUUUACGGGCCAUACACGCUGGACGCAUACAUCAAUCGUACUCUGACAUACCUCCCGUCGCUGGGCGCUUCGUCAGCCAAAGCACCGCCUUCCCACGCUGGCCGACCUUUCCCCCCGGACAACAGCGAUCGUUCUCUGAGCUUCAUUACUGGCGUUGUGCGAGACGGAACGCCUGUCUUCCGUAGCUUCGGUGAUGUGAAGGAAGACGUGAGAGAGAAGUACUCUAUUGGUGAGGUUGUGCGAGCUACGUUUGUAGGCGCAAACCCACGCAACGACCUCAAGCUCGAAGGAACAUAUGCCUCUGUUGAGCGCCUUGUCAUUGACCGAGGGGGAAUCACUAAGUGGGAUGUUGUUCGAGAUGACCAGGAUUGGGGACUGAUCUUCCACUGGAAGCGGACGAGCGAUCUCCUCGCCACCAGCGAAGUCGAGAUCGUAUGGGAGACGGAGGAGGAUGCGGAACCAGGGACGUACCGCUUCCGCUACCAUGGAGAUUCCAAGGCUCUAGGGGGGAAGAUUACUAGUUUUGAGGGUACCAGCGGACAAUUCGACUUGCUUUGA